AUGGCGGACAGGUCAUACCACCAGAAUGUGCUGGGCUCGUUUCAGAGCUUCUUCCACGGAUGGCUUUCGCGCCAACAGGUCCUCUCUCACUACCACCAAUACUUCCAGGAGAAAUCCAGACUCGCCGACGCCGAUGUCUUCCUCGUCUUUUCCCCGACCUGGUUGUCUUCUUACGAGCGGGCUCUCCUCUGGAUUGCGGACUACAAGCCUUCUCUGGUGUUCCAUCUGGUGGACGGCGCCGUCGAUGAUUUAUCGCCGGAGCAGAAGGUGACGCUGGAGCGAGUCAGGGACGAUACCAGGAGGGAAGAGAGGGUCGUGACGGGCGCAAUGGCGAGUGUUCAAGAGAUCCUUGGAGGGCCGUCGAUGCUGCAAUUGGCGAGGCGAGUAGGGAGCCUGGUCGAUGGCGAAAUUGAUGAGCUGGACUCCGCGCUGGAAGUGCUGAAGAAUGCAAUGAUGGGGGUGUUGGAGAGAGCCGACGAGCUGCGAGUGUCGACGGCGAGUAAGGUGUUCGAAAUUCUGAGACCUUCGCAGGCGGUGCAGUUUCUGGCGGCGGCGGCUCAGUUUCAGCUCCGCGUAAGGAGUUUGGGAACGCGGCUGGACUCGCGAUUCAGGGAGGGUCAGGCUUCUUCCCAGUCCUGAUACUUCUGGCCUGUCCGGGUACCUAUCUGCGUGCAUCUUGAGAGGCCAGCACCGUCACAGUGAGGAUCCAAAGCCGUCCAGCCAGUGAGGAUCAGUUGAGCUUUCUAUCGCGUCUCAAAUACUCACAUUUUCGCCUCUUAACGAGUUUCCUUGACUAGGCUUGGAAACCGAACCGGUCGGUGUUUCUUUACCGGUCUACAGUUUUGUCCCCUCCCCCAUUAAACAAAAAACAAAAAAGAAGAGGAGGAGGAGCAACGCAGCUAUAAAUAUGAAGUAAUCAUUGAUCCAUUUUGUUACGCAUCGCACAUGUUUGCUUCUUAAAAAUAAAUAUAAAGAUUUUCGUUGAUGAUGUGGGCGAGUCUCCUUCAAGGUUGACUUGUUAGAAAGAACGCUUUCGAUGAUGAUUAUAUUAAGUAAAUGAAACUUGGUCCUCUGGAGAGCCUAUUGGUUGCCUGGAAGGUAGAGCCUGGCUCUUGGACUCGAAUAAGGCGACUUUUUGUUUUUGUUUUUGUUUUUGUUUUUGUUUUUGUUGGAGUGAGGCUAAUGGAGUUCCCAGGAACAAGUAGCAAGGCUCUGUAUAAUUGGGCCUUUUAUAUAAUUUGCUUUCUUUAUACAACGGGCUUCUGCUGCUUGAGAACAUCAUUCAAAGUUUGAUGCUGACCUAAAGUUCCAGACAAGCUCGCUAAAGAAGCAUUAUCUUGUUCUUUUCUUUUCGAAGUAGCUCCUAAUUUUGUUAGGAGUUUAAUUUCCUUUGACGUGUUAGGAUCUCAAUCCCCUUCUUUGUAAUUUUCUAGACUUUUGGGCUUGCCCUCUUUAUUACAAAAAAAAAAAAAAACAACUUUGAUGCUGACCUCACAUGUUCACGAACA